GCUCCGGGCUUCAUUCUGAGCUGAGCCUGGUGCUGAGCGCUGGAAGCUCUGCAGGCGGCGGCGGCCUGAGCUCCAGGGCAGCCCGCUUCCUCCCGGUCUUUCCUUCCCGGCGGUCAGCAUGAAAGCCUUCAGUCCAGUGAGGUCCGUUAGGAAAAACAGCCUGUCGGACCACAGCCUGGGCAUCUCCCGGAGCAAAACCCCGGUGGACGACCCGAUGAGCCUGCUGUACAACAUGAACGACUGCUACUCCAAGCUCAAAGAGCUGGUGCCCAGCAUCCCGCAGAACAAGAAGGUGAGCAAGAUGGAAAUCCUGCAGCACGUCAUCGACUACAUCUUGGACCUGCAGAUCGCCCUGGACUCGCACCCCACUAUUGUCAGCCUGCAUCACCAGCGACCCGGACAGAGUCAGGCGUCCAGGACGCCACUGACCACUCUAAACACGGACAUCAGCAUCCUGUCCUUGCAGGCUUCUGAAUUCCCUUCUGAGUUAAUGUCAAAUGACAGCAAAGCUCUCUGUGGCUGAAUAAAUGGUGUUCGUGACUCUUUUUUCUUUGCACAACAGACAACAAAUCCACAGGAACUUACUACUUUUCAACCAUUUCACAAGGACAACAAGUUGAAUGGACCUUUUUAAAAAAAUGGAAGCAAAACUAAGAAGGAUCAGAUCUUCCCCAGGGUGUCUGACCUGGACUGAUAUUAGUUAUUUAUGAAAAAGACUUUUAAUGCCCUUUCUGCAGUUGGAAGGUUUCUUUAUAUACUAUUCCCACCAUGGGGAGCGAAAACGUUAAAACUCACAAGGAAUUGCCCAAUCUAAGCAGACUUUGCCUUUUUUCAAAGGUGGAGCGUGAAUACCAGAAGGAUCCAGUAUUCAGUUACUUAAAUGAAGUCUUUUGGUCAGAAAUUACCUUUUUGACGCAAGCCUACUGAAUGCUGUGUAUAUAUUUAUAUAUAAAUAUAUAUAUAUAUAUAUAUUGAGUGAAACCUUGUGAACUCUUUAAUUAGAGUUUUCUUGUAUAGUGGCAGAGAUGUAUAUUUCUGCAUACAAAUUGUAAUGAUGUACUUAUUCAUGCUAAACUUUUUAUAAAAGUUUAGUUGUAAACUUUAACCCUUUUAUACAAAAUAAAUCAAGUGUUUAUUGAAUGGUGAUUGCCUGCUUUAUUUCAGAGGACCAGUGCUUUGAUUUUUAUUAUGCUAUGUUAUAACUGAACCCAAAUCAAUACAAGUUCAAAUUUAUGUAGACUGUAUAAGAUUAUAAUAAAACAUGUCUGGAGUCAA